CGUCCGGAACAUGCUAUAAUUUAUCCCAGAUGUUUAUCUUCAAAAUCUAUAAAAAGAAUCAGUUUUAUUAGUAGUCAAGCCUGGGGGAUCAACUUUAUCUCGCUUAAACUGGUUGUUUUUAUUGAGUAACGGACGCACUGUUUUCUACAAAUAUGUCGUCAGGGCUAAAGAAUGCUACGGAAACAACCGAUCCAUCGGCCAUGCAGGAUUUGUCACUGGCAGAUCGGAUAGAAAAAAUCUUCAAAGUCUCCUUCCUUUGUCUCAUAGCCUUGGCAAACAUCGCUGGUAAUUCAAGUAUAUGCUUCGUUGUUCUGAAGGACAGAUAUUUACGUCUAACGGUACGGAACUUCGUAGUAGCCAGUUUGGCUUUGACAGAUCUUCUAGUCGUUCAGUUAAUUAUUUUCCAAGUACUAACUUACUACAACAUUGGGAAAGAGCCGAAUCUCUGCAAUCUUAUGGGCCAAAAUUUUGGCGUUUUAUUAUAUGUCAGUAUCUUGCAUUUAUUUACCUUGAGCUUGGACAGAUAUAUAGCCAUAUUUUAUCCUCUACGGUACCGAUUCUUAGUUACACCAAAGCGGAUUACUGUCAUUUUGUUAACAAUCUGGAUUAUUCCAUUAAUAUCUAUUCAUAUCCUCCCUGCGGUGAUUACAGACCUUCACGGCUUUCCGAGUUUUUACGUAUGUAUCAACGAAGGUUUUAUUGAGGAAAAAGACAGAAUGAACCGGGCACACAUGUUCAUUAACGUGACAUUUCUUUUCUUUUUGCCACUUAUCGCGAUGAUGGCGGCUUAUUAUCGGAUUAGCAAGAUUGCUUGGUACCAGGCCAACCGAGUAGGAGUUGCGGUCGUUGAGUCUACAGUUAGAGUUCAAAGCAGCCGGCUCCCCAGAGCAAGAGAGAGAAAAUGGGCAAAAACACUCGGUGAGUUUAUAUAUAAAUAACGCAAUGCGCGAUCAAGCUUGAUUCCGACGCGAAGUGAUUGAGGAAAUUGGACCGCAUGCAUUUUCGCUGCGUUUUUAUUGGUGCAUUUCAUAACGGAAGAGAAGACUUCAAACAGAGCGUUCAAAAUUUGUUUAUACUUAUUCCAUUCGCUGUAUAUUAAAAUAUAAGAAUGAGAAAAUUAAUUUUAAUGCACAAUAUAUGCGAUGCCAUUUUGGCUGAGUUCUUUGCCUUCUCCAGUCACACAAGAGUUUUAAUGCGGUCUUUGCCAGCCACUUUGUAAAGUUCAAAGUCCUUACAGUAUGUACUCCUUACGUAAUGGUUUUGGCGUUCAGAAUAUUUAUAACAUUUAUUAUAAAUCUAAAAAUAACCCUGCCGUGCUAGAAAAAAAAAAUCAUUCUGGACCUCAGUGAAAGUUUCACCACUGCAGUUGGUCAUCGGAAACUGAAAGGUUGUUGAGGCAUUUUCUAAACAGGACAGAUAUACCACUGGGCCACUUUGUUUCAGGACAAACUUGACCUUCAAAGGCUUGUGUUUGUUGUGUUUUUGUCUGCGAAACUGUCGGCAUAUGCUGACCUCUCAAAUUUGAAUAACUUCUAGAAGAUGUACAUCAUGGUAACAUCGUAUUGUCUCUGUUAGCAGCCGGCAGCAUAAAGAAACUUAUCUCAUUCUUGAGGUGAAGUCCAGUGCUAUCAAUAUCGUCUGGAAAAAUAAUUAAAAUUUCUGACUUACACCUAUUUUGGGAAGUUGCGUCCAUGUUGUUUAAAAAAUGACCUGCGGCUUUCUAAUUAAAAGUUUUCGCAGUUAUACAAAAUCUGCUUUAUCAUUUGAUAUGUAUUCUCAGCAGGUCACAUUAUGUUAUUGCCUAGUCGAAAGUCUUCUUCGUAUUCGCUAUUAAAAUUUGUUUACGUCACCAGUCAAUUACGCCAUUCCUUAGUAGUGCACCCCCUCCUACGAAAAAUCCUGGAUCCGCCUCUGUAUAAUUAGUUUUAGCAACUUCAUUAGUAGAGGCUGUUUUUCAUUUGCGACAUAACAACGACGGAGACCAGGUGUUAUGAGCCCGCGAGACUGAACAUCAAACCCAAACCCUUGUUUUCACUAAAACCGCUGGAUAUCAACCUGGGCCCAGUUGCUCGAAGCAUGGUUAGCGUUAACCAGCGUUAAAUACCUUGACAACGUAUUGGUUUUGAUACUGCUUAACCAAUGGUUAAAGCUAAUCAUGCUUUGAGCAACUCAGCCCUGGUUGAGGUCAUUGCUUUCUAAGAUCUUCGAUCGUCGCAAGCAGUCUUUUGUUCGCCACUUUAGAAACGAGAGGGGAACUGGAUCCGAAAUGUGUCACGCAAUUGCUUUUUGGGAUCGUUACAGGGGACGCACCGGUCAGCUAUAAUAGAGGGAUUAAGAGUCACGUUUACACCAAACGGCGAACAUGAAUUUGUACCACGUGACCAAGUUUUCCCCUUUUAAAAUGGUAGUUUACUGUUUUUUACUUCUAAUCAAAAAUAACUAGUUUCACGCCAGUUUUAUCCAUAAGAAUUGUUCUGGAAAGUUUUUAUCUGCUUAUUUUCUAUUCUGACAAAAAGGAUCGCGGCCUAUGGGAGAAUGACGUCCCAUCUCCUUCGCUAGGGAAAACCGGCCUCAAACACGUUUAUCUUUUUUUUUUUUUUACAGCAAUCGUUAUUGGUGCCUUUCUGGGCUGUUAUCUACCAGUGGUCGUGGCAUCCUUGGUGCACAUUUACUCUGGAGGAACGACCAAUCACGAACUAGCAAAGACUUUGGAAAUAUUGAUGUUUCUCACUUUUUUGAAUACUGUUCUCAACCCAAUGAUUUACUCUCUUCGAAACUACGAAUACAGAAGAGCAUUCAAUAAGAUCUGUGGACAAUGCUUCCGCGACGUAAAUAGCGACCCCCGGUCACGUGCCAACUACAUCAGACAUGAGAUGGAAAGUCAAACAGUUUCUACUCUUAUGAGCACGUCCCUACAUCACAAGGACUCCGUUAGUUAGGGGACCGCGCUUAUACACUCGAACCCAGCGGCAACCCGGGGGGACGGAGGUAAAAUGCUUACUGAGAGGUGACCGGUAUGGGGAAGAGGGAAGGACUCGGCUUUAAUUUGACACCAAUCGUUUGGCAAAAGAUAGAACGUAUUUAUUUGUUACCGAUGCGCAUUUUAGCGCUUUAAUCCUGACGAUAUGACAUAAUAUGUCAUUAAAAGAGAAAACCCGGCAGAGCAAAAGCGUUGUGGACAGCAAACAAAAGUAAAUGUGUGGAUGUUCUCUGGGGACUUAAAACUUGCUCUUUUCUGGAGAGGUGACUCUUUGAAAAGCAGUUGACUAUAAUUGUUUUAUGAAAGUGUAAAUGAUCCUCGCAAAUGAAUAAACAACCUAAGCGGUUAAAAAAGAACCUGAAAAAAAAUUCAGGCUUGACCAGGAAUCGAACCAUAACCUUUGUCAUACUUUUUUUAAAAUUGCCAAUGUGCUAGUUCCUGGCCAGUAGAAGACUUAUCAGAUUUAGGAAGCGCCAUGUAUUUCCCUUGCCUUUGAAGUCGAUGAAAUUUGUGACACAUUUGCAUGAAGCACAUGCAGCUCGCUGUAAGGUGCAUAGGUUUCCUGUGGAAAGUUGGCAGAACUAUUAACAAAGAAUCCCAGGUUUAGUUAGUUACUAUGACAACUCACAUGUUCCGUUUACACAUUUAACCCAGGAUUAGAGGUAACCUCAGGCUGUGAACCUUUGAAACUGUUCAAAACUUUGCAGUGAAACCACUGAGGCUUGUCAGUGGUUCCAUUUGAACAUUUGAACAUUUUGACGUCAUUUGUAUGGGUCUGUAAGUCUCUGGACAAUGAAAAGCUGUCGUCUGUUUAUCAUUGCACGAGUCUUAUACUUCAGCAUUCUCCUUUAUGACUUUAUUCUAGACAAUUCAGUCGCAA